UAGCAUUUAUGUAAUAUACAAAUGUAUAAAGUGUAAAUAAUUUUUCAUCAUAAUGAAAUUCAACGAAAAAGUGCUUGCAGAUAUAAGUAAUGGUCCCGCUGACAUUGAAGGACGUUUGAAUCACAAGCGAGCACAUAAGUCAGGAUUCAAGGAAAAAUGGUUCAAAUUAAGGUGCAAUUUAUUGUUUUACUUUAAUAUUAAUGAAUUGGGCCAAAUUGAUGAUAGACAACCAGCAGGUGUAAUUAUUUUAGAAAAUUAUAGUAUUAAUCUUGAUGCUGCAUCUGAGGGUGUAUUUGCAUUUAGUAUAUCAUUUCGAGAUGAAUAUGAAAAAAGACAUGUUUUAAGUGCUCGUUCAGAAUCUCAAGUAGAACAGUGGGUCAGUGCACUUAAACAAGCAAGUUAUGAAUAUUGGAGGUUUCGUUUAAUAAUGCUUCAAGAAAAGUUAUGCAAAAAGACAGGAAAAGAUCCAUUGCUUAUGUAUCCACGAAAUCAAGGAAUUAUCAGAGAUAAAGUAUGGGAACCUGCCUCAACUUUCCGAUCUCAUGUACGUUCUUUUACUACAUCAGUUGUAACAUCAACCACAUUAAAUACAGUAACAAAAGAAAUGAAUUUAAUCGAGUUCUAA